AUGUCCAUCAGAGCUCUGGAAUUCUACAGCGGCAUAGGGGGCUUGCACCUUGCGUUAUUAAGAAGCGGCAUCGAUGCACAGGUCAUUCGUGCUUUCGACUGGGACCAAACCGCCUGUCAAGUUUACGAAACUAACCACGGAGAUAUCGUCCAGAAGGCUGAUAUCUCUACAUUAGGCGCGUCGUCACUCUCUCCAUUGCAAGCAGAUCUUUGGCUCUUGUCCCCCGCAUGCCAACCCUACACGGUUCUAAACCCAAACGCCAAAGGCGCGAAAGACCCCCGAGCCCAAUCGUUCCUGCACCUUGUCCAGAAUGUUCUUCCUGAGCUGUCUUCUGGUGAUGAGCACCCAGAUCGAUUGUUCGUUGAAAAUGUAGCAGGGUUUGAGAUGUCAAGUACUCGGCAAAUACUCGUCUCUACCCUCCGAGCCAUCGGAUACACGAUCACCGAGUUCCUGCUUACGCCUCUGCAAUUCGGCGUCCCAAAUUCUCGCCUCCGGUAUUACUUGCUCGCAAAGAAAUCGCCUCUAUCCUUCGCCACCAUCCAACCCAGUGAAAAUGGCGUGAUAUGGCGACAGAUACCAGGAAAGGGUCUUCCAUGGACCGAUCCUAGACUCGAUGAACAGGUUCAAACUUCCAAUCCGCCCAUGAUCCACACUAUCAAGGAAUAUCUAGACCCGAACGAUGGUUCUGAGAUUUAUGGGAUUCCGGACAAGGUGCUGAAGAAAUGGGGCCGUCUUUUCGACAUUGUCAAGCCGUCAUCCCGGAGGACCUGUUGUUUUACGAGAGGUUACACCCAACUGGUCGAAAGGGCAGGAUCGAUCUUGCAAGAAAAUGAAGAUUUGGAUACCACUGCCACUUUCGACGCGUUCCUUGAAGCCUCCAAUAGCGGUGACCACCACGUCGUGGACAUCCUCCGCCCACUCCGCCUCAGAUACUUCUCUCCCUCCGAACUGCUACGAAUCUUUGCGUUCGACCCUCCGACGUCUGCGGGCCCAUCGACCUUCGUCUGGCCAGAAAAAAUAUCCACAAAAUCGAAAUACAAGCUCAUCGGCAACAGCGUGAACGUACACGUCGUCCAACAGCUCAUCAUGUACUUGUUCCAGGAACCGGAGCCCAUGUAA